CAGUUUACUGAUCGUUUACUGCUGGUGCCAAUGCUGUGUUCUUGGGGAAACGUAGGACUAGGCUUACCUUAAGGAAACAAAACACAAGAGUCAUUUACUUCGCCUAGUCAGCAUUAUGUCUUCAUCAUGAUUAUGGAUAUCCAGAAAGGUUCCUUAGUACUUUAUAUAGACAACAGCUGGAUAAAAAUACAAUCUAGAGACGAAUUAGGGCCAUGGCGACGAAUAUGUACUUGGAACAUUACCUUGAUAGUAUUGAAAACCUGCCAUUUGAACUACAGAGGAACUUCACACUUAUGAGAGAACUUGAUCAAAGGACACAAGACCUUUCAAAGGAGAUUAACAGUAUGUCAGAAGAAUACAUGGCAAAUGUGCGUGGCAUGGAUGCUGCAAAAAGGACAUUACAUUUGAAGAAAAUUGAAAAUGCUUUUGUCAAGAGUCGGGAAUAUGGGGAUGAUAAAGUUCAGCUUGCUAUGCAAACAUAUGAAAUGGUUGAUAAACACAUUCGUAAACUGGAUGCUGACUUGGCAAGGUUUGAAUCAGAUCUCAAGGAGCAACAUGCCAAGGAAGCGGGCUACUCAGAUUAUGAAAGUGAAUCACCAACACCAAAGCGCAAAAGCAAGUCAGGUGGAAGGAACAGAGGAGGAGGAAGGAAAAAACAAGAUACUUCUGAGUCUGCAAGGAAAAAGAAAAAAGUUGAAUCUGAAGGUCCUAAGUCACUUGCAGUAGCUGUCUCUCUCUUGGCACCUGAGGUUCAAGUGCUUGAUAUGCCAGUUGACCCUAAUGAGCCAACAUACUGUCUGUGUCAUCAGGUUUCAUAUGGUGAAAUGAUAGGCUGUGAUAACACAGAGUGCCCAAUAGAAUGGUUUCACUUCCCGUGUGUAGGACUGACAUCAAAGCCAAAAGGAAAAUGGUAUUGUCCAAAAUGUGCACAAGAGAGAAAGAAGAAGUAACUAUGGCAUCAGUGACUAUGGCAUCAAAAGGGCUUAUAACCGCUAACAACAUUGUUUGGGAACAAAGCAAGACAAGUAUGCCUGUUAUGGUCCAAAUCUCCCGGCACACAGUGAACGUUCGUCGUCAGUUGCGCAUGUGUGGUCAAACCCCUUAAUAAGAGAAUAUUGUAGCAAAGUGCCUUUGUAUUUAUGUUAUUACUGCACCUGUCAAUGACAUGCGACCUCUGGCUCUCUGAGCUAUUCUUACGAUGUCCUUUCAUUUAGCUUUCAAUCAUUAUCGCAACUGCUAUCGAAGUACAGAGGCAAACAAAAUGGAUCGAAAUCCACCGCUUACAACUUAGAAAUGCAUUUUUUAUGACACAAAUACAAUUCCACAGACCGAAAAAACGCAGUAAAUUCAGGAGUGGGUUAUGUUGAAUGAUUGUACCACCUCAUGUAAAUAUUAUUUGUAGAUAUAAAUAUAAAGUUUACAUAAUGUUACGAAGAGGUGGUCAAAUCCCCAUUUUUUUCCUCUUUUUUUUCUCUCUUUGUUUUUUGCUUUGUUUUUGUUUCUCUAUGUAUCUGUUUUUGAUAGCAGAGAACUUUUCAAAUCUUUGUACAUUCUAGAGUACAAAGUAGUGUAGGGUUUCAAAGUGCUUGUAUAAAGAGGCCACAUUUUCGACGAAAUGACCGAAACAUGAUACUGAAAUGUUCGAGGAGUUUUUGACGGUUUUUUUGUCGAUGAGAUCGCGACAACUUAUGACUUACUAAAGCUAUUUGCACUUGUUGAAAUUUUCUGAAAAUAUUUAAGGAGGAAAACCUCGGUCCGGCAUCUUUUAAGGGUUUCACGUAAUAUUCUCGUGCGGAACAGUCUGUUCCUCGCAAGAUUUGUAAAGCUUGAUCUGAAUUAAUUGUAAAAUGAAGUACGGAUUAUAGGAUUGAAUCAUAAUUUACUAUUAGUUGAGAUAUGUUGGUGGUACAUUCGUGCUAAGACAUGAAAAAUUUGAGAUGAACGCCAAGUUUCUAUAAAGCCCGCUCUUCCACGUUUCUCCCCGUAACAAAAUUCUGAAGUAACAGUUCAUUGUAGUGAUUUUUUAUACAUCUGGAAUAGGAAGCAUUUUAUGACGAAGUAUACUUGAGUUUGAAAGUUUGUUAUUAGUUUCUUUAAAGACAUGAGUUUUCAACUAAAGAAUAUUGCAUAUUGGAUAUGGUAUUCAUCAAGCGUGGGUGACGAUUCAAAUGAAAAAUAACAAGUUUAAAUACCCAGUCUUAGAACCCUGAAAAGUUUCCUCCAAAGGUAUGGCACGCACAGCAAUAUUCAAUCCUUGCAAUAUAUCUUUAAUCCUUAAAGUAUUCACUUAUUUAACGACGUAAAAAAGCAUUAAAUCCAAUUGUUAGUAAGACCUUUGUUGGAAAUCAAACCUUUGGUUUUCGUGAUUUCAUCCAAUAUCACGAGUACUGAUUUUACAAAUACCACAAGGAGUACGUUUUACUGCAAAUGCCUUGCUUUACCUGGGUAGUCUUUCGUAUCUCAAAUUUGUUGAGUCCGGCUGCAGAAGAACGUGAACUCUUCACACGAUCUCCAUCUCCUUGUCAAAGUUAUUGAUUUUUCGAAAAAGGGUUCGGAGAAAAACAGUGACAACAAAGACUGUUUAUUCGCAACAAGAAACAUUGAAAAUUUCACGCUAACAGUGGAGAGACGUCAAUAU